AUGUCGAGCUUGCACAGUCAGGCCGCGCUCUUGUUUUCCCGCCGUAACAAGAAGGGAACGAGCCGGACGAAUAAAGAUCUGGGCAACCUUUUCGAUCUGACUUCGAAUCGGUCUCAUCACUCCCGACGUCCGAAGAACGGUCUACCCACGCCUGAGCCCCUUCGAUUUCUCCGACCGAACGAGAACAAUGACGGUUCGGAUCGCAUCGAUCUAGAUCGCGAUGUAGAGCGCAAUGCCGACCCGUUCUCCGAUAUAGGAGCUAUCCCGAAAGACUUCCAAGAUCCUUCCGUAGGGCUUGGCACCCAUUCACAGGACAGCUCUGAUAACAAAUCGUACACGGAACCAGCCCCUUCAGCUGUGCUCGAGGCGAGCGGACAAAAGGAGAGAGAUCAGCGACGUUUGGAACAGCUCGGGUAUAGUCAGGAUCUCGGUAGGGAUUACGGAUUUUGGGCAAGCUUUUCAGUCGGGUUCUGUAACAUCGGUGGACUGCAAGGAUCGUUAUUCGGAAUCUUCACGACGUUUAGUUAUGGGGGACCGCAAAUGAUUUUGAUAAUGUGGCCAAUCGCCGGUUUGGCUCUGCUGUUCAUGACCCUGGCUAUGGGAGAGUUGGCCUCGGCAUAUCCUGUCGCGGGCGCCAUGGCAAGCUGGGCAUGGACCUGUGCGAGAAAAGGAAUUGGAGGGGAACGUGCCUGGGGAUGGGUCAUGGGCGGGCUCGUGAUGGGGUAUCACGUCGGUGUGAUGUGUUUGAUCAGCUGGCAGUCCGCCAAGCUAGUCAACGAGACCAUUCACUUGGCUAUCCAGGAUUAUGUCCUUCGAGACUGGGUCACGGCGCUGUUCAGUAUGGCUCUGAUGGCCGUGUUUGGCUUUAUCGGUACAUCAAAGUGGGGUCGCAGUCCUCGCUUCUGGGUCAUAUCCUGCCUAUACAUUUUGUCUGUGUGGGCCGUGUUGUGCAUCUCGCUCUUGGCGACCCGCGACAAGACACCAGCCUCCCAAGUGAUUUAUGGCGCACCGUUUAGAAGCAACUCUGGAUGGAACAGCAAGCCUUACAUCUAUCUGGUAGGCGCUAUCUUGUCCACUAUCGCGACAGGCUCGAAUUUCAGCUUAGCAGAGGAAACGCGUAACCCUGCUCGGACUGUACCGCUGGCCAUGGUGACGUCCGUCAUAGCGUCUUAUGUCGUUGGCUAUGUUUGUAUUCUCGUGAUCUUACUUUCGAUACAUCCGUCUUGGGUUCACGACAUCGCUCGGCACCAAUUCCCGACCGGACAGAUACUGAAGAGGACGCUUGGGCUCGGUCCUGCCAUCGUCAUAUUAUCUCUUUGCGUCGUUGCACUGUGUCUUCAAGCCACUGCACAAUUACAGGCUUCCUCCCGAUUCGUGUGGGCUCUAGCCCGGGACCAGGCUAUCCCAUUUAGCAAAUAUUUCUACGCGCUGAAUAAACACCGGCUACCCGUCGCCGCAACGUGGCUCGUCCUCGCCAUGGCUUUGCCCAUGGCAGCAGUCAUCUGGACCGCGCCGCAUAUCACAAGCUCUGUCUUGAGUACUGCAGCCGGGACAUUCUGCAUGGUCUCCUAUUCGGCACCGACGUUGUUGUACUUGCUGUCCAGAAACGACCUUGCUCACGAAUACCGCUCUAGUUGGAGUUUGCGAUGGUUAAGUAAACCCGUCGGCUGUCUGGCGGUGUUCAGUGCAGCAACAGUCAUCACUGCAAUGGCUUUCCCUACGGGUUAUCCUGUCACUGCUGGUGAAUCUAAGACCUUGAGCUGGAGCCCCAUCACCACGGCAUCAGCUCUAAUCCUCUCGUAUGUGACAUGGAAACUUUACGGGGAAUCUCAUUAUUCGGGUCCGAUCCGAAGCAUCACCAAAUGGACUGCUGGAGCCGAAAUCGACUUGCGCUCUGCUCUUCAAAACCCCAGUGCAUCCAGUCCUGGGCAGACGCCAGACAGCAGACGAUUUCCCGGUCAGACCGAGUCGGAAUUCUUCUCGCCGACCACGGUGCAGCUCGAAAUGACAACAUAUCAAGAAGCAGAUCACGAAGCUCGGAGCAAUAUACAAACUUCGAUCUCAAGUCCGCAGGUUCGAGGGUGA